AGUGUUGUCGUCGAAAGGGAUUUUCAGCCCCUUGAGGUUAAAGACACAAAUAAAGGAAUACUGAGACAGAAAGCGGAACAAAGAGAAAUGGGAUUAUGGGCAUGUUUAGCAGUGAUAUCACCAUUUCCAUUUUACUACUAUCUCUGGACACAUCCUCAAAAAUGGGUCGAUCUCUGUGGAAGUGGACGUGACCCUUGCAAAGUUAUGGCUAUCGUCUCUCAUUUUAUAAAGUUGAUCCAAUUCAUCUCACUCUUAUCGGUUUCCACAUUUUCAUGGCCUCCUCCGCUUUAUUUUUGGCCCCUUUUCAUCUUUGGUCAGUUCCUUAAUUUCAGGGUGUAUCAACUGUUGGGAGAAGCUGGCACUUACUAUGGUGUCCGCUUUGGGAAGAAUAUCCCUUGGGCAACAGAGUUUCCUUUUGGAGUAAUAAGAGAUCCUCAGUAUGUCGGCAGCAUUUUGAGUUUGCUAGCUUGCCUCUCUUGGGUUCCUUUCUUGUAUAUUUUCUUAUGGGUAUUGGGAUAUGCAUUUAUAAUACAAGUUGAAUCCAUGGAAGAUCCAGCUACUCGUGCAAACCCGCUUUCUUGAGUCUAUAGAAGAUACAUCUGCCAACUUCAAGGAACUAGUACUGCUUGCUUCUGCAUUCUGGAGAAGGAAUCCUUUUGAUAAAGUUCUUUGUAUCAAUGGUUUCUUGAGUUCUCGAGUCCUUUUUUAAAAUCAGACUCAGCAAUAUUUUGGACGAUUCUGUAAGUUUUUUUUUUUUUUUUAAGAAGCCAGCAUAACUUUAGAUCCCUAUGUCUUUUUUGAAUUAAAAAAUCCAGGCAAUAAAGAGCAAUUUUUUUUUGUGUGAAUGGUUCUUGAGAACACUGUAUGUCUAUUUUGACACAGCAAAACUGAAUGAUUUAUCAGCUGUUAAUGCAAAAUUUUCGAAGUAGUAACCUUCGGGUAUGAUGUGGAGG